ACGACUGAGGGGGCGGAAUAGAGGCGGACACUCCCCUCCGGCAUCUCACUCCAAGUGCCUGCAUCUCGCUGCUGUUCCCUGGCAGAGCGCCCGACACCCGAGCACCAUGGACAUAACCGAGAACAGGAGCAAGAAGGUGAAGCUGAUCAGCAAGCUGCAAAGCUGGGGUAUGCAGCGGGCAACCAAUGUUACCUACCAAGCUCACCAUGUCAGUAGGAACAAGAGAGGACAAGUUCUUGGAUCAAGAAGUGGUUUUCGGGGCUGCACAGUGUGGCUGACAGGCCUUUCUGGUGCUGGAAAGACCACAGUCAGCAUGGCACUGGAGGAGUAUUUGGUGUGUCAUGGCAUUCCUUGCUAUACUUUAGAUGGGGACAACAUUCGUCAUGGGCUUAGUAAAAAUCUUGGCUUCACCCAGGAAGACAGAGAAGAAAAUAUCCGCCGCAUUGCAGAAGUUGCCAAGCUCUUUGCUGAUGCCGGCCUUGUGUGCAUUACUAGUUUUAUAUCACCGUAUACCAAGGAUCGUAACAAUGCCCGGCAAAUUCACGAGGCCGCUAGUUUGCCGUUUUAUGAAGUGUUUGUGGAUGCCCCUUUGUAUGUCUGUGAACAGCGAGAUGUCAAAGGUCUAUAUAAAAUGGCAAGGGCUGGGGAAAUCAAAGGUUUUACUGGGAUUGAUGCUGAAUAUGAGAAGCCUGAAGCACCGGAGCUGGUCUUAAAAACAGAUUCUUGUGAUGUGAAUGACUGCAUCCAACAAGUUGUCGAGCUGUUGCAAGAAAGGGAUAUUGUGCCGGUAGAUGCAUCUUAUGAAGUCAAAGAGCUGUAUGUACCAGAGAACAAACUUCAGCUGGCAAAGACAGAUGCUGAGACGUUGCCGGCGUUGGAAAUAAAUAAGGUUGAUAUGCAGUGGGUUCAGGUAUUGGCAGAAGGCUGGGGAACACCUCUUAAUGGCUUUAUGAGAGAAAGGGAAUACCUACAGUGCCUUCAUUUUGAUUGUUUGUUGGAUGGGGGUGUCAUCAACUUAUCUGUGCCCAUUGUGCUGACAGCAACCGAUGAGGACAAGCAAAGACUCGAUGGCUGCACAGCUUUUGCACUGGUUUAUGAAGGAAGGCGAGUAGCCAUUCUGCGUCAUCCAGAGUUUUAUGAGCACAGGAAAGAGGAGAGAUGUGCCCGGCAAUGGGGGACAACCUGUAAGGAGCACCCAUAUAUUAAGAUGGUGAUGGAAAGUGGAGAAUGGUUGGUGGGCGGAGACCUGCAAGUCCUCGACCGCAUUUAUUGGGGUGAUGGAUUAGAUCAGUACAGGCUUACUCCAGCUGAACUGAAGCAAAAGUUUAAAGAUCUGAAUGCGGAUGCAGUCUUUGCCUUCCAGCUGCGUAACCCUGUUCAUAAUGGACAUGCACUGUUGAUGCAAGAUACCCACAAGCAGCUGCUGGAACGAGGCUACCGACGACCAGUCCUUUUACUUCACCCACUAGGAGGAUGGACAAAAGAUGAUGAUGUACCCUUAAUGUGGCGCAUGAAACAACAUGCUGCUGUCCUUGAAGAAGGCGUCCUUGACCCAGAAACAACGGUGGUAGCCAUCUUUCCAUCACCCAUGAUGUAUGCAGGUCCAACAGAAGUCCAGUGGCACUGCAGAGCUCGCAUGGUGGCAGGUGCAAAUUUUUAUAUUGUUGGUAGAGAUCCUGCAGGAAUGCCACACCCAGCAACGGGAAAGGAUCUGUACGAGCCUACACAUGGCGCCAAAGUGCUCACCAUGGCUCCUGGUCUCAUCUCCCUGGAAAUUGUCCCAUUCCGAGUGGCCGCUUAUAACAAGAAGAAAAAGUGCAUGGACUACUUUGAUUCUGCACACGCUGAAGACUAUGAAUUUAUUUCCGGAACUCGAAUGCGCAAACUGGCUCGAGAGGGACAAAAUCCCCCAGACGGUUUCAUGGCACCAAAGGCUUGGACUGUGCUGAAGGAAUACUACAAAUGUUUGGAAAAAGCUUAAAUCGGUCUAGCAUCUUUCAUAUUACAUUUUAUGUGGGCCGCAGUGAUGGUUUUGUUUGUCUCUGAAGACCAGAAUUUGUACUACUUUACCGUAUGUUUGGCUUUUCAAUUGGUCUCCAAUUUAAUCAACUGUGAAACGUCAUAAUUUUAAGUUAGCAACGCUCCUGCCGAACACUACCAUUAUGAGCAAUCUUAAACCUUCAGUUGCACUAACCAGCACUGGGUCGCAGGCGACUAAUACAUUUUAGUAUGAAUGUUUCUUUGUUUUCUUGUAGAAUGUCCAAAAAAAAGACAGAGUUCAAGUAAAACCACUUUCACCAUUCCCAGCACACUUCAGUUUCCAGACUUUCUGAGCUUUAGCUUGUAAAAAGCUGUAUGUUGCAGUUAUACAUAAUGAGGGCAGAUUAUGCACCACUGUUACAGCUUAUUUUAAAAUCAGGAUUUACAAAAUUCUUAAAGCAGUUCUUCAUCUUCAUGAGAUUUCUAUUUAAUAAUCUGUAAUGUGUUACUAAUGGGCAUGUAACCAUGGUGGAGAUCAGUGGCCUCUGUUGGACUGUAAGACAGCACUGUUACACUAUGAAAAUAAGCUAAGAAGCAAAUUCAGAAUUUUCAAAUACAAUCGCCAUUUGAAGCACACCUUAACUUUGGCUCAUGCACACGACCGUAUUUAUUUUGCGGUGCAUAAACUGAUCCGCAAAAAAUAUGGAUGACCCCCUUGUGCAUUCCGUAUUUUGCGGAACAGAACAGCUGGCCCCUCAUAG